UGCUGAUCAGACAUACUAUUUCCAUUCUGCAAAGGAAAAACCUCUCGCAGAGUGAGGCGCGGAUACGCCCCUGCCAUGUGAUAACGGUAUUGGCAAGAUAACGACGUUGAGUGAACCUAGUAAAGAGCCGAAUGAACAAGCUUGCAUUCAUCUAAAUGUCAUGUUGUAGUUGUAAAUUAUCAGCGGUGAAGUCGACGUCUUACUUCAUGUUCUUCGGUGAAGUGAAACUGCCCUGACACCUGUUGCUUGUGAAAAUCUGGCAGCCGAAAACAGAAAUGUGGGCUGGCAAAACCAGCGUCACGCCAGCAGAGACUCGGAAGCCUGACCAGGACAAUGGCGGGAGUGACCAUCACACACUGGGUGAAGUGCCCAGUGCGCUACCAGUCCCAUUUCGAAGAGGGGCGCCUGGACGACUGCGCGGAGGACCACCGGCUGUUCGCUCUCCCCGGCUCCGCUAACCUGUGGGCGAGCGCUGAAACCGGAGAACCAGCGGCGGCGGCGUCUCAGAGUGACGGGCAGGGGAAGCGGACGGAGCCUGUCUUCCAGGUGCUGCUGGACGUCACCCAGUUCCGGCCCGAGGACAUUUUAAUCCAAGUGUUUGAGGGCUGGUUGCUGGUCAAGGCCCAGCACCCGUCCAGGAUGGACGAGCAUGGGUUUGUGUCACGGAGCUUCACUCGAAAGUACAAGCUACCGGAGAAGAUCCAGGCAGGGGGUUUGAGGGCCAUGCUGUGUCAUGAUGGGAUAUUAGUGGUGGAGGCUAAUGAGCACAUCCCUGGAGACCAGUAAACAGCAGCGGAUUAAACUCCUUCAUCAAGAACCAACAAUAAUGAAUAGCAGGAAACCGGAUAACAGAUUCUGCGUGUGUAGUGCUUGCUGUACUUUUUUUGUCUUCAUUGAUUUAUGGUAAAAACUUUUGUGUAUGGCACCGAAUCAUGUUGUAAUUAAAUUUGAAUGUUUUGACAGAAGUGAUUUAUUGAAUACAA